GGGACCCCGCGGGCGCACUGAUGGGUUCGCUCUCUGCCAGUUUCCAGAUCGCUGCCUCCCUCUCCAAAGAGCUGUGCGCCCUGGUCUUCGGCCUGAACACCUUCUUCGCCACCGUGCUCAAGAGCCUCAUCACCAUCGUCGUGGCGGACAAGCGGGGCUUGGGCCUGGCCGUGCGGCCGCAGUUCUACGUCUACGCUGCCUACUUUGCGCUGUUGGCGGCGGUGUACCUGGGCUUGGCCGUGUGCGUGGCCAUCAUGCACCGCCGGCGCCAGGCGCCCCAGGAGCCGGUGUUGGCCAAGGAGCUGUGCAGCCUGGCUGAAGAGGUGCCGGGGCAGGAGAGGAGCUCGGAGCAGGGGAGUGUGCGCGUCUAAGCGAGCUGAUGCCAGGGAGCGGCUGUGCGCACACCCAGCCCCCCCAUGUCCUCGCAGGGGCACCGCGGCUGAGAAGGCCGGCAUGGGUGGCAGAGGCUGCACCGGGCAAACCCAGCCUGGGGCUCCCGGCCCAUCGCACUGGGCCAGGCUCAGGGCUCGGCCCUGGGACGGUCACACUGCCUGGCCCUGGCUUUCCCUGAGGGCCCUGAGCCAGCCCUCCCCACCUGCCAGAGCAGCAGAGGUAAGCACCGGGCCCCUUCCUUUGCCAGCUGAGUGGCCCUGUGCACAAGUGCUGAAUCCCCGGCUGCCCCUUGUCCUGCAUGGCAGGGCUGCCGCGGCCACCUGUCACCUGCAGCUUGACCCAUGUGGGACCGUGGCCGGCAGCCUGUGCCCGCCUGCCUGACACCGCCGUAACCUGCCGAGCCAGAGAGCCAAGAGCUAGCUCCGUGGCUAACAGGGCCCGUGCCGCCCAGGGAACCAACUGUGACCCACCCGAGACCCCUGCUGAGCAGGGUGGACACAGCCAGCCCUUGCACGAGCGGCUCAGGGCGAGCAUGAAGCACGUUUAGUGCUGGGCCGUGCUGCGAGACGAAAAGCCGCUUCGUGAAACGUGCUGUUGGCUCCACGCCCCCCCCACAGCCGGGAGUACAAGAGGAGACUCCUUUAUUCAGUGCCUUAGAAAACAGCAUAAAGAACACAACUGAGAAAAUAGAAAUCCACAGGCUUUCCAGUGCGUUCGUUACACAAGUACAGUAGACGACAGGAACUGUGCCUGGCCCAGCUGCUGGGGGAAUGUCUCGGUACAAUAAAAAGAAGCUAGUUAACAAUUUAGCACCUCA